UGGCGGCAUUUGCGAGUUAUCAAAUUCAAUCAAAUUCAAUAUAAAAACGGAUGCUGAGAGGUGUGUACAAUGAGAUAUAUUUGAAUUGCUCGUAAUUUCUCAUUGAAUUUGAUCUCACGUCCGGAGAGACACGAUUUGUGUUGUGUAAUUUAACACCGCGUUGAAGUAUCGAAGAUGUUGAUUUACGAUGUGUUGCACAAAGAAAAAGUAUAUCAUGUCGUUGCCAACGAUCUUCGUAAUUUGGGAGUUAAAUACCGCUUUAAGAAGAGCAUGCUCAAAAGCGAGAGAUCUGACGCGUGCAAGAACAUUUCCAAGAGGGUCUUCAAGACCCCGCUGUUCUAUCAGGCUCUGGAUAUCGUGAAUUUGUCGUCGGGUGCCAUAGUCCACGUUCCCGUGUUUGUGAUACAAGCCUCCACAUUUUUGGAAAAAUAUAUCACGCAGGAGGGUCUCUUUCGGAAAGCCGGUUCCCAAGCGCGACAGAAAGAAUUGAUAUCUCGUUUGGACAAUGGCGGUAGUUUAAACGAGAAGAAUCACGCGAUCGACGUCGCAAACUGCUUGAAGUCUUUUUUUCGUGAUCUACCCGAGCCGCUGAUCCCGUACACAUAUCACGAUCUAUUUGUGCACUGUGCACUGUUGAAGAGCUACAGAGUGCAAGCACUGUUGUUGGCAUGUAUACUGUUACCACCCUAUCAUUUAAACACUCUGGCAUUUUUUAUGGAGUUUCUGAAGAAAGUUUCUAUGUAUGAAAAACAAAACAAGAUGAAUAUUGAGAAUCUUGCAAAAGUUAUUGGACCAAAUAUAAUGCCUUUGCAAGACACAUCCAUGUCAGCUGUUCAGAACAGAUUGCAAAUGCACUUGUCUAUUAUCAAGAUUCUGAUUGAAAAUUCAGAAAAUAUUGGUAUCUUGCCAAAUCAUAUUGCGCAAAGUAUAUCUAUGGAGAUGAGUGGAAGCACAGAUAAUGGAUUGGACUCACUUGAACCACAUGUAAAGUCCAAGAAAAAGAAGCCUCGCAGUGCAAGUCUCACAAGAAUGUUCAAUGGACUGAAGAAAAUGGUUGGGAAAAGUGCAGAUGACACACCUAACAUCAACUGCCCGCAAUCUUGUACAAAUUCAAUGCAAUUAAAUAUGUCCUCAAAUAAAUUUACUAAAAAACGGAAAGUAACUGAAAGAGAGCGUCUUUCAAGUAUGAAGAAAAAGGGAACAGCUGAUAAGUUGGACAAAUCAAAGAGGCUAAGAUUGAGUCUGGACAAAUUUGUUUCUAAAAAUAAACAAAAGACUGAUGACGACUUAUCAGAUUCGUGCGCGAAUAAUUAUAAAUCAUGUUGUGAAAGACGUUGGAGUUCAGUAAGCAGUUCUUCUCACACACAUAAAAUACAUAAUAAAUGUUGCAAUGGGAUAUCACGUUUGAGAUUAGUCAAAUAUAAUGAACGAUUGAAUAAUGAUUUUCAGCAAGAGUAUGAAGAUGUACUCACUGACGCCACUGUGGACUUGUCCGACGACGGUGGCGAGCACGAUAACUUGCUAGAUAAAAAUCAUCGCAGUAAUCAACAUUGGAAUAUGAAUGUAAGCGCAAAUUCAAGAAAAUUAAAUGCUACGGAUGAAAGUGAUAACAUAUGCUUGUUAACGCCCGAUAAGACUGAUUCUGACGAAUUUGACAUAUCUCUCUCUAAUAAUGAGCCAGCAUCUCUAUCAAGUGAUCAUGGCGAAGAAGAUUAUGUCAAAAUUCCUAAGAGCGAAUACGAAGACAUAAAGAAUCGUGUUUCAGCAAUUGAAACGUGUAUUUCCCAGGAAUUUGGGUGCAUAUACAACGAAGAUAAUGAUAUAACAACGCAUUCAGUAAACAAAGUACAAACAGCAUAUGAGAAAACGUUAGAAGAGGCUAAUAUCGAAAACACUUUGUCGAGCGAUUAUUUAGCGAAAAGACUGAGCAAGGAAUUGAAAAUCAGAAGAUCGGGAGAACAUAAAAUAAUAAGGUCUCCUAGCGCGAGGAAAAUUGGAACAUUAAGAAGACGUUCACAAGAAAAAAUUACAAGCAAACAUGUUAGACGAACUGCAUCAUGGCAUAUUUCUCCAAAUUUUAACCUACAACAUCAUAUCCAACUCGAUAAACAAAUAAAUGUUUAUCCGAUUGAAAGAGAAUUGAUUUUUUCUAACAAUUAUUUAAAGGAGCAAUCAUAUUCUACCGACAAACGCAGCGAAAUGGUAUCGAACAAUACGAGAGACGAAGUAACUUGUUUACGUAAUCAAACGAACACAAUGAUUUCUCGUUCCGCGGAACGACACAGAAUCUCAAAUAAUAGUGAUUCGAAUCUUUCUGGAUUCAAAGAUCUGCAUACAACAAAUAAUCGUGCAGUCUCGUCUGUGCGGAGAGCAUCGUCUUUCCACGGCAAAGACUUCGUAGAUAAUUCGUCGUAUUUUGAUGAUAAAAUGGACGACUUAAACAAGAUCAACAGUCAUCAAAAUAUAGUUUUGAAUAACGACUGUUUACAAGAAUCCAAUAUUGUUUUCGAAAGUUCAAAGGAGAUAUCGUGGAACGACGCAGACAAAUAUUUCAAAUCGUCGUCUCGAACGAACACAUCUGCUCCGCAAACCGGUAGACCGUCGGUCGCGAAACUGCGAGCGCAAAAUGCCGGUAUGGUGUUAGCCAAAGCGAGAUUGUUCGACGAGUGCACAACAAAAACGCCCGAGUUCGUAACCGCCAAUACGUCAAACAAGAAACGUCGUGACUCUACAAUCAAACGAUCUCCCAAGACGAACAAGGAGACGCAGAUCUUCCGAAAACAAUCCAACAAGGAUUUAAACAGCAAAAAUUGUCACGCGAUGCUGUCCCCGAACGCGAAAAUAAAGACGCAAUUGAUAAAUUCGCCAUCAAAACCAGUUCAAGACCGAACGGAUAAGAAUUAUCGUUCUCAGAAAUUUUCGAAUAAAGAUCCAAUUGAAAUUGUUGUUAAACAGAAAAAGAUCAAUGACGCACGUGACACGGAAGUUCAUCAGAAAGAGAAUAUCAUUGCCAAGACAUCGCCACUGACAAAAAUGUCCGUCAACACGAUGCUGGAAAAUUCGACCGUGUCUCCUUACAAACCGGAUGUUACGAAAACGCCACAUAUUAAGCGACCUUUGACGGUGAAAACACCGAGAAGCACCAAGAUAGUGCGCAGACCUCCAGUCGACACACGCAGAACGCCGUUGAAAGCGACAGCACAAUUAGGGACUCCGAAACGUCAAAGUCCCAAAAGUAUUUUGAAAACAAGAAAUCUCAGUACACAUGCGUAACAGAUACGUAAAAUGUGAUCAUAAAGACGCGUUGAAUUAAUGUUAUCCUUCAUAUAUGUGUUUAAGGAAACAAUUUAUAUACAUAUAUAUAUUUUUUUAGAACUAGUAUUUUUUUGUGGUGUUCCUAGUAUAUUAAGUUACUUUGUUUUUUAUAAAACAGAAUAUAUAUAUAUAUAUGAAAACAAACAAAUAUCUAACAAAAUGUUA